AUGCGCUCAUUAGAAGUUUUAUAUUACUUAGCACCUCAGUCUUCGACUAUUGAGACUGAGUACUUACUACUUUCGUUUAUAGAAUUCUUUCUGUCAUUCUUUCGUCUGUCGCAUCCUCGAACAAAAUACAUCUUGCGAUCGAAGAAGAAGCCAGAUGGUGUGGGUGCAUACAGCAUACCGUUUUGUGGUGACAUCUCAUCUCACGAGUAUGCCAAAAUUGCACGUUGGUUCUCGGAGAAUGUUCCUGGUGCUUCCGGUCAAGUCGAAAAAUGGCUUGGUGGCAUGCCUUUGGUGCAUGCUUUCACUCUCGUGGUUGCUCACCGAAAGGCCAGUGAUUUUGAAAAACGCAUCGAAGCUCGAAACGAAGAAUGGAACGAUAGCAUGCUGUUGAAGAUGGCUUGGGCUGAUCUCAUGAUAAGCUAUCCUACCAAUAGCUUCGUGGCUGAUGUCGACCUCGAGUGUCUGACCGCACUAGAAGCAAGGAUGUUCGAGGAUUCCGAAGAAGCAGGACCUGCAGGCAACCAGCAGUGGGGUUUGGAUGCUGGCCAACAUCACAGGCGAUGGAAUGUGUAUGUCGGAAUUCCUGAUGAAUGGGUUUCUGCAAGAGAUUAUAGCGAGAGUGAACUUGAACGCGGCCCCUUAUUCAGUGAUAACUCUGAUGCUACAUCUUUGGAGUCUGCAGACGAGCUAUCCGAAGCUGUAGUUCCUUCUCUGCCGGCCAAAGAAUGUCCGCCCGUUAAACGUCGAUGUGCUCCACAGGCUCGAAGGGUCCAGAGAGGGAGGAAAAGAAAAUAGUCAUUGGCUUAUGUAUACCUAGUUGUACAUGGCUCUGAGGCAACUAAAAUAACAAAAGAAUGGUCGUGAACUCAUCCAACUUGAUCUGGAAGUUGAAUAUAGAAUAUAGGAAUGGCGCGUCAGUGGCCGCGUCAAGGAUCGUUAGUGCCGCGUCAAGGCUCGUCAGUGCCGCGUCACAUGCGCGUCACG